AUGGAGGAGCUACUGAGCAAGCAUCGCAAAGAGCAAAAAGACCUUCAAGCGCGCAUCACGCAGAAGAAAAAGUCCGCCACCAAAAAAACCCGCAAAGGAAUCAACGAUGAAUGCGACCGAAUUCAACAGGAGCUCAAUGAGAAGCAGCGCGCAGAAGUCGCAUUGGUGAAUGGCGAGGAUACUGCUGGAGUUGAUGGGGUCCAGGACCUCAGCAUUGCAGACCCUGUCGACGAAGACGGAGAGAAGAAUAGCUCGAACGACGCCCCCAAAGACACCGGUGUCUCCGAUACCACUUCCUUUUCGACUCCUUCGCAACAGCCCCCCGCGUAUACAAGAAAACCAAACCGACAGAAAGCCCGCCUUGCUCGACGUGCAGCGGAACAAGCGGCUCAAACAGAAAUUGCGCAUGAGGAGGCCGCUAAAUUGACCGAUCACCGUGCAAACGAGAAAGAAGUCAUGGAUGGUGUAUUUAAGCAAUUCAAUCUUAAGGAGAUUGAAGUGAACCCCGACGGACAUUGUCUCUACUCCGCCAUCGCCAAUCAGUUAGACGAGUCAGGACUCGGACUGAGACCUGAUCCGAAGAGGAUUGCCCUUCAAUCCACUACGGAGUCGCGGGUGGAGACAGUCUCUUCUCCAAAACAUGACGGCUAUCGCGCCAUUCGAGCAGUUACCGCCGAUUACAUCACUGGGCAUAAAGAUGAUUUCGAGCCAUUCAUGGAGGAGCCUUUGGACCAAUAUACUCGGAAGAUCAAGCUCACGGCCGAAUGGGGAGGACAGUUGGAACUGCUAGCGAUUGCCAAAGCCUAUGGUGUUGAUAUCAACGUCAUCCAAGGAGAUGGCCGUAUUGAGAAGAUCGAGUCUGGGGACAUGGAGAGCUUUGAUGAGGAGGAGAAAAACAAGCGUGUUAUCUGGCUGGCUUAUUACCGACACACUUAUGGACUCGGAGAGCAUUACAAUGCGCUCACCAAGCAAGCUUAA